UUCCCACCAUUUCGUCAUUUCAAUCCAUGACUUUGCAUUCUACGCAUCAUUCACUACGAUUUCAUGUUCCAGUAUGAGUUUAAAUCUGAAUGCGCAUUGCGACAGUCAUUCAGAAUUCCUCGUGUUAUGUAUUCGUUAGGAUUGUAAUCGGAGAAAGGAUUACACCGCCUCAUGCGAUGAAGACGUCCGAUCUGAUGGUGAAGGCAUUGGAGAACGAAAAUAUUAAAUACAUAUUUGGAAUACCAGGAGAGGAGAAUCUGGAUUUAUUGGACUCAUUCAGGAAUUCUCGUAUAAAGAUGGUGGUGACACGACACGAGCAAGCGGCUGGCUUCAUGGCCGCCACAGUGGGUCGCCUUACUGGGAAAGCCGGCUGCUGUUUAUCUACUCUAGGUCCUGGUGCCACCAAUUUUGCUACAGCAGCUGCGUAUGCUCAGUUGGCUGGAUUUCCUAUGCUUAUGAUAACAGGACAGAAGCCAAUUCGGAAGAGUAAGCAGGGCUCCUUUCAAAUAGUUGACGUUGUGGAACACAUGCGUCCAUUGACGAAGUUCACUAAGCAAGUUGUGGAUGGAGAUUUGGUACCUUCACUAGUGAGGGAGGCAAUUCGAGUUGCAGAAGAAGAGCGACCAGGAGCUGUGCAUUUGGAGUUGCCCGAAGACAUAGCAGGGACAACCACUGAAUCACACCCAUUUCUUAUCUAUCCAGUCAGACGGCCGAUAGCCGAAGCCAAAGCAAUCGACAAAGCAGUUGAUAUGAUUCACAGUGCUUCACAUCCUCUUCUCUUAAUAGGAGCAGGAGCAAAUAGGAAAAAGACUCAAAAAAUGCUCAGAGAGUUUGUAGAUACGGUGCACAUUCCUUUUGUAACGACUCAAAUGGGCAAGGGUGUCGUGACUGAGGAGCAUCCUUUAUAUUUAGGGUGUUGUGCACUAUCAGCAAAGGAUUUUGUGCAUGUGUGUAUUGAGAAAGCUGAUUUAAUCAUCAACGUUGGACAUGAUGUGGUUGAGAAGCCUCCUUUCAUAAUGAAAUUUGGAGAACCGCCUGUGGUUAUUCACAUCAACUUUUACUCUGCAAAAGUGGAUAAUGUUUAUUUUCCACAGUUGGAAGUUGUAGGUGACAUAGCCAAUACAAUUUGGCAAUUGAAAGAAUGCUUGAAGAAUCAACCGACUUGGGACAUUGACUUUGUGAUGAAGGUAAAGAAAGAUUUGGAUAAACACUUGACUAAGGGUGUUACCGAUCCUCGCUUCCCUCUUGUGCCACAACGAGUGAUUGCGGAUUUGCGAAGACAAGUUCCAAAUGAUGGCAUAGUGUGCCUGGACAAUGGUAUGUUUAAAAUUUGGUUUGCAAGGUGUUACAAGGCCUAUGAGCCAAACACGUUGCUAUUAGACAAUGCACUAGCAACAAUGGGUGCAGGACUACCAUCAGCUAUGGCAGCAGCAUUGCUUCACCCAGAGAAGAAGGUUGUUGCUGUUUGUGGUGAUGGGGGUUUCUUGAUGAAUUCACAAGAGCUGGAAACAUGCGUUCGGUUAAAAUUAAACUUGACAGUUAUAGUUCUUAAUGAUAAUGGUUAUGGCAUGAUUAAAUGGAAGCAAAACCUUGCAGGAUUUGAGGAGUUCGGUUUGAAUUUAGGAAAUCCGGACUUCAUUGCAUUUGCAAACAGUUAUCAUGUGAAGGGUUAUCGAGUGACAAGGGCAGAUGAGUUUUCAGAUAUUCUUCACGAGUGCUUCUAUACUAGCAAAGAUGGAGUAAAACUUGUUGAGGUUCCCAUUGACUACACUUGGGCCAACGAAAUUUUGGACCAUGAACUGCCAGGCAUGUUCGUUAAGCGCAAAUCUGAGGCAGCAGCUGGAGUGAGUACAGGCAAUUUCAGAAGCUUUGGCAAGUGCGGCUCCGGUUGCAAAAUCCUCUAAUUUGGGCGCAGAUUGACACUUAAAUUACAUAACUUAGAUUGACACUUAAAUUACAUCACUUAGAUUGACAUAAUUAUUUUAUCUUUCCUUUUUUCAUUAGGUAAUUUCAGAUGUACCAAACGGUUAAUUCUUAUUGCAACUUGCAGUAAGGAUCUGAACAAAUAAAGAGAACCUACAUCUAAAUUCAGACGCUAGGGACGAUUGGUUUACUUCUAGGAACAAAAAUAAAAAACCUCAUGCUACCCUU